AUGAACCCAACCGCAGUGUUCCCCAAGGCCGCGGGUCUCCCUGCGCGCCUGCUGCGGGCACCAUCCACAUGUUCGAAGCAGAAGGCCUGCCCAAGUGUUUGCUCUGCAAGCCAGAAACGAGGUCAUCACUCGGCAGUCUUCGCGACCCCCGCCAGACGGCUGCGGGAUGGUGUCUAUAAGACGAAUUCGUCAUUCCCGCCCUCUAGAACAUUCCACACCACAUCACCCCUCUCGGCGAUUCCCGAUCCCUACAAGGUCCUCGGAGUGGACAAAGGUGCCUCCGCGGGGGACAUCAAGAAGGCAUACUACGGCAUGGCCAAGAAAUACCACCCGGAUACCAACAAGGAACCUGACGCCAAAGAAAAGUUUGCCGAGGCUCAAACUGCCUAUGAAUUGUUAUCCGAUGCGAAGAAACGAGAGAAUUACGAUCGGUUUGGCUCGGCGGCCUUUGACCAGAAUGGCGGGUUCGACCCGAAUGCCGGUGCUAAUCCCUUUGCUGGCGCCGGAGGCUUCGGUGGAUUUGGUGGCGGGGGCUUUGGAGGCGGGCCGUUCGGUGGAGGUUUCGCGCAAGAUAUUAACUUCGAGGAUCUCUUCGGUGCAUUCGCUGGAGGCGCUCGUCGAGGUCCUCGUGGCCGGCGCAAUCCCUUCCAGGAGCAGAUAUUCGUGGGCGAGGAUAUCGAAGUGCAGAACAAUAUCUCGUUCAUGGAGGCUGCCAAAGGAACGUCUAAGGAAAUUAACAUUACACCUUUGACUCAGUGCGGAACUUGCAAGGGUGACGGACUGAAGUCUGGCGCCAAGCGGUCUCAAUGCAAGCAGUGCAACGGCUCCGGAACUCGUGUUCACUUCAUGCAGGGCGGAUUCCAGGUGGCCGCGACCUGCGAUGCCUGCGGAGGUAUUGGUAUGAUCGUUCCCCGCGGGUCGGAGUGUGGCAGCUGUCAUGGAAACGGUGUGACUCGGGAGCGGAAGACCAUAAAGGUGGAUAUCCCUGCUGGUGUUGAGGAUGGCAUGCGGAUGAGAGUUAGCGGAGAAGGUGAUGCGCCCCCAACAGGCACAUCCGCCGCCGCCGGUGCUCGCACCCAGCGCGGUGAUCUCUAUGUCACCAUCCGGGUUGCCCCCGAUCAUCGCUUCAGCCGCAAUGGAUCGGAUAUCCUAUACACUGCCACCCUUCCUCUCACCACUGCUUUGCUGGGCGGUGAAGUGACAAUCCCGACCCUCGAUAACGAAGUCAAAGUCAAGGUGGCCACCGGUACCGGCACUGGUGACCGUAUCACCUUGUCAGGCAUGGGUAUGAAGAAACUUGGCGGUCGUGGACGCUUCAGCCCGUCGGGUGACUUGAAGGUUGAAUUCAAGGUCGCCAUGCCGAAGUAUCUGAGCGGCAACCAGCGGACUAUUCUGGAGGUUCUUGCGGACGAAAUGGGCGACAAGACGGCUCGGCGGACUAUGAACUUCAGCAAGGACAGCCCUCCGUCAAGUCCCGAGUCCACAGGCGACGGGCAGAAGAGCGAAGGUUUCCUCAAGUCCGUCUGGCACAAGCUGAUGGACAAGAACGGCGAGUCUUCCAAGCCCGAGGCAAAGGAUGCUAAGGACACCAAGGAUGCUGGCAAGACCGAUGCCAGCAAGGACGACUCGAAGAAAUCGACUUAA